AUGAUAGUAGGAUUGCCAGGUAAGCUUAGUAGUGAGAUAGCUUGCUAACCUAACCAAUGAGGUGUGUGUGUGUGAAAAAGAAAUAGUCAUAUCAAUUAUGCUAUUUACUACCCCUGAUAACUUGGCCAAAUAAUCAUGUUUGAAAGAGUGUGAGUGUGUAUGUGAGAGCGUGUGAGUGUGUAUGUCAGAUAAAUAGUAAUAGAAAUGAUGGUAGAUACUACCCCUGAUAAUUUGGUCAGAUAACCGUGUGUGUCUGUGUGUACAGUAGGUGACAUGUCCAUGAUAGCUAUCUAAUAACUGUAGUUAUACUAAUAAUCAAGUAAUGGUUUGGCUUAUCAUGUUCAUGUCUAUGUAGAAGAAGACUGUAGGAGGAAGUGGAGAGGACUCAGGGACAGGUAUCAGAGAGAGAGAAGGGCAGAGAAAGAGAAGAAGAGGUCUGGGUCAGCAGCUUCAGGCCAGUGGCCUUCGCGCUUCUGCCACAUUCUUUUUCUGGAUCCAUUUAUUGUCUACAAGUGCGACCACCGCCUCCACCGGUGCAGCGAGAUCCUCUACGUCAUCCACAAUAUGACCACCACCUGUGCAGCCAUGGAAGAUGAUGAAAUAGAGGAAGCACCUCUGGAUCAAGGAUCCGGUGAGAUUAUUAUGACCCUGACGGAAGUGACCACUGAGGACCUUGUUGAACAGGAUGUGGCCGUGGAGACAAACGGGGAGAGACAGGAAGAGGAACAACGUCACACCAGGCGUCAUCGGAGGUACCAGCCCCCAGAUCCACUCAACUCAUUUCAGCAGAGGCUCCUCCAAGCCGUUGAGAGGGAUGCAGCGCAACCUGAUGCUCACAAGAAGGAGGAUAAAGAGACCCUCUUUGCCAUGAGCCUGGUGCCAACCCUGGAGAGGCUGCCUCAGCAAAGAAAAGCAGCAGUCAAGGUUAAAAUUCAUCAUCUGCUUUUCGAAGCCGAGUUCAAU